AUGCCUCCGAAAGCCAAAGCCAAAGAUGGAGCUCCCGUAGAGAGGCCUAUUCUCGGCCGUUUCUCUUCUCACCUCAAGAUCGGAAUUGUUGGGUUGCCAAAUGUGGGAAAAUCUACUCUUUUCAACACUCUCACAAAGCUUGCGAUUCCAGCUGAGAAUUUCCCCUUUUGCACCAUUGAGCCUAAUGAGGCUCGUGUGAAUAUCCCCGAUGAGAGGUUCGAUUGGCUUUGUCAAUUGUACAAGCCAAAGAGUGAGAUUCCAGCUUUCUUGGAAAUUCAUGACAUUGCUGGGCUUGUUAGAGGCGCUCAUGAAGGACAGGGACUUGGAAACAACUUCUUGUCCCACAUUCGUGCAGUUGAUGGAAUUUUCCAUGUUUUACGUGCUUUUGAAGACGCUGAUAUUAUCCAUGUCGAUGAUAUCGUGGAUCCUGUUAGAGAUUUGGAGACCAUUACUGAAGAAUUGCGGCUAAAGGAUAUUGAGUUCGUUAAAAAGAAGAUUGAAGAUGUCGAGAAGAGCAUGAAGAGGAGCAAUGACAAGCAACUGAAAGUCGAACUUGAGCUCUUGCUAAAGGUGAAAGCUUGGCUGGAAGAAGGAAAGGAUGUCCGAUUUGGGGACUGGAAAGCAGCUGAUAUUGAGAUUUUGAACACUUUCCAAUUGCUUUCCGCAAAGCCCGUUGUUUACCUGAUCAACAUGAAUGAGAGAGACUACCAGAGGAAGAAAAACAAGUUCUUGCCCAAGAUUCAUGCUUGGGUUCAAGAACACGGUGGUGAUACUAUGAUUCCUUUCAGUGGUGUUUUUGAAAGGAGUCUUGCUGAUAUGCAACCAGACGAAGCGGCGAAGUAUUGUGAGGAAAACAAACUGCAAAGCGCUCUUCCGAGGAUCAUCAAAACUGGAUUUUCAGCCAUCAACCUCAUAUAUUUCUUCACAGCAGGGCCUGAUGAGGUGAAGUGCUGGCAAAUACGACGUCUGUCAAAGGCUCCUCAAGCUGCAGGGGCCAUUCAUACUGAUUUUGAAAGAGGAUUUAUCUGUGCCGAGGUCAUGAAAUUCGAGGAUCUCAAGGAACUUGGCAAUGAAACUGCAGUCAAGGGCGCAGGAAAAUACAGACAGGAGGGGAAAACGUAUGUCGUUCAGGACGGAGAUAUCAUCUUCUUCAAGUUCAAUGUUUCCGGUGGUGGGAAGAAAUGA